UCUCUCGUGGUUAAUCUCGGCACUCUUGCCUGAACGGUAGACUGGCAUCGGCAGAACAUGAGCGAUGAAGUACCAGUAGUGAACACCGCGAUCCUCAGACGGCCGUUCGUUCGUUGCGGGCAAGAACAGCGGGGGCAGGCAGAAGACUUACCGGUGCUCGGGCCGGAGGCUGCAAUGCACAAGUCCGCGCCUACAAGGGUGCCGACGGAGUGUGGAAGGUGCACACGAUUGACGCCGCACACACCGACUGCUCCGGCGGCAAUACGAAGGGGAGGACCGCUGCUCUCCAACACCUGGCCUCCACAGCCGUGAAGGACCAUUCGUCCAUGAAUGGCAAGGAGCUCAAGCGUAAGCUGGAGCGGGACACAGGGAUCAAUGUCGCCCACCGGACUGCAAACCGGAUGAAGAUGACAGCAAGGGACGGCGACAAAGCGACGACGGCGGCUGGGUACCAGCUGCUGGGUUCUUUCUGCGACCUGCUUCAACAGCAGUGCCCUGGUUCGGUCGCGGAAACCCAGGUACUCUGCGUGGAUGCUGGCCACUUGAAGGGCGACUGGAACGGUAUGAUGCUGGUCGCGACGAGCAAGGACGCCGACACCAAGCUGGUACUCUGCGUGGAUGCUGGCCACUUGAAGGGCGACUGGAACGGUAUGAUGCUGGUCGCGACGGGCACGGACGCCGACACCAAGCUGGUGCACGUUGCGACCAGCAUCUGCGACAAGGAGAACACCGACAACUACUCGUGGUUCUACUUGAUGAUGAAGAACAACGUCGACAUGGCGGAGGUACUCAACAGCCCGAAAACCACCCUCUUCACGGACAAGCACAAGUCGCACGAACCUGCCAUCACCCUUCACGCGCCCAACACUGUGUGGAGGUGGUGCCUUCGUCAUCACAUCAAAGCACUUCCCGAGGCCCCUGGACAGACUGUGACCCACUGGCUCUACCACGCAGCCAGGGCGCCAACCCGCACCAAGUUCAUGGACACCAAGGUCAAGCCAACGAAGCCGAAAGCCUACGCCGCUCUAUUGGACCCGAACAAACCCCACGAACUUGUCAAGUGGACGCACCACGCUGGACCCACCGACACAGCCAUCGGGGGUGUCGUGUCGUCCAACGCGGCCGAGCAAAACAUGGUUAUGGUAGGCCUGCAGCGUGGGGAGGAAGUUGCCGCCCUACAUAUGGCCCAGCACAUCCUGGACAAGACCGCCUCCCGGAUGGCAGAAAGGGCUGAACUCGUCAACAGCGCCUCGCAGAGGUUUACCCCUUUCGCCGCUAAGGAGUUCGAGGCUCAGCGCGCGAAGUCCAGCAACCUGCACUCCAGCGCCACCGGGAACGGCAACUUCACUGUUCGCAAACUAGGCAGCAACUACGGCAACCGAGUGGGGCUGGAGUUCGGGACAGAUGGCGUGGUGACUCGCAUGACCUGCACGUGCGGCUACUAGACUCGAUUCAAGAUCCCGUG